AUGGUGCAGCAGGCCGAGAGCUUGGAAGCGGAGAGCAACCUGCCCCGGGAGGCGCUGGACACGGAGGAGGGCGAAUUCAUGGCUUGCAGCCCGGUGGCCCUGGACGAGAGCGACCCGGACUGGUGCAAAACGGCGUCGGGCCACAUCAAGCGGCCGAUGAACGCGUUCAUGGUGUGGUCCAAGAUCGAGCGCAGGAAGAUCAUGGAGCAGUCGCCGGACAUGCACAACGCUGAGAUCUCCAAGAGGCUGGGCAAGCGCUGGAAAAUGCUGAAGGACAGCGAGAAGAUCCCGUUCAUUCGGGAGGCGGAGCGGCUGCGGCUUAAGCACAUGGCCGACUACCCCGACUACAAGUACCGGCCCCGGAAAAAGCCCAAGAUGGACCCGUCGGCCAAGCCCAGCGCCGGCCAGAGCCCGGAGAAGAGCGCGGCGGGCGGCGGCGGCGGCGGCGGGAGCGCGGGCGCGGGCGCGGGCGGCGGCGGCAAGACCUCCAAGGGUUCGAGCAAGAAAUGCGGCAAGCUCAAGGCCCCCGCGGCCCCGGCGGCUGGCGGCGCCAAGGCGGGCGCGGGCAAGGCGGCGCAGCCCGGGGACGGCGGCGGCGCGGGCGACGACUACGUGCUGGGCAGCCUGCGCGUGAGCGGCGCGGGCAAGACGGUCAAGUGCGUAUUCCUGGACGACGACGAGGACGAAGAGGACGACGAGGACGAGCUGCAGUUGCGGAUCAAGCAGGAGGCGGACGAGGACGACGACGAGCCGCCGCCGCACGCGCAGCUCCUGCAGCCGCCGGGCCAGCAGCCGCCGCCGCCGCCGCUGCUGAGACGCUACAGCGUCGCCAAAGUGCCCGCCAGCCCCACGCUGAGCAGCGCGGCCGAGUCCCCCGAGGGCGCGAGCCUGUACGACGAGGUGCGGGCCGGAGCGGCCUCGGGCGCGGGGGGCGGCAGCCGCCUCUACUACAGCUUCAAGAACAUCACCAAGCAGCAUCCGCCGCCGCUGGCGCAGCCCGCGCUGUCGCCCGCAUCCGCGCGCUCCGUGUCCACCUCCUCCUCGUCCUCCUCGUCCAGCGGCGGCGGCGCCGGUGGCGGCAGCAGCAGCAGCAGCAGCAGCAGCGGCGGCGAGGACGCCGACGACCUGAUGUUCGACCUGAGCUUGAAUUUCUCCCAAAGCGCGCACGGCGCCGGCGACCAGCAGCUGGGGGGCGGCGCGGCGGCCGGGAACCUGUCCCUGUCGCUGGUGGAUAAGGAUUUGGAUUCGUUCAGCGAGGGCAGCCUGGGCUCCCACUUCGAGUUCCCCGACUACUGCACGCCCGAGUUGAGCGAGAUGAUCGCGGGGGACUGGCUGGAGGCGAACUUCUCCGACCUGGUGUUCACGUAUUGA